AAACUCGGCUGCCUUCCCCAUUUCUCAACCCCCAAGUCCGCUCCCUUCUUCACUAAAGCUCCCCAUCUCUCUCUCACCACCUCCUUGCCAGUCCAGUCCCUCCUGGUCCCUAAGUGUGCACACUAUUGAGAUCAUCCGGGCGAGAAGGCCACCAAAGUCUAGAAGACUGGCAAAGGCGCAGAAUCGCCAGUCAGAGCUGGAUUCUAAUGGGUAGAGGCAAAUUAGCCGACCGAACUUCUCUCCUGAUACUGAGGGGAAAAACUCAGGCCAAAAUGAUUUCCCACUUCCUACUCCAAAUUAAACACUUUCAUAUGUGCCAUCAAUGUACAGGAGUAAUCAUCGUUAACCCAACUCAUUGUGUGGCCAGUUCUCCAUCAGUACCAACCUUCCUUUGGUCCAGUCCCCUUGGCAGGGGAGUGGAAGGGAGUAUGGGCAUAGAGAAAUCGACUUAUUCAUGGAUAAAAGUUUUGAUGCUUUCAGGAUGGAGUGGGGAGACCAACCUUCUCUUUUAUAAAUCAGUCCGAUAUAUGUCAAAGUUUAAGGCUUCACCUGAGGGAGAUUUGAGUGCCUGUUUUAAUUCCGAACCACUCCCGAGUCUGUUAGUUGUUAAAUAAUGGAAGAGACAAGUCUGUUAGAGGCGGGGGCCUCUGCGGCCUCCACAGCUGCGGCUCUGGAGAACUUACAAGUGGAGGCCAGCUGCUCCGUGUGCCUGGAGUAUCUGAAGGAGCCGGUCAUCAUUGAGUGUGGACAUAACUUCUGCAAAGCUUGCAUCACUCGCUGGUGGGAGGACCUAGAGAGGGACUUCCCCUGUCCUGUCUGUCGGAAGACAUCCCGCUAUCGCAGUCUCCGGCCCAAUAGGCAACUGGGCAGUAUGGUAGAAAUUGCCAAGCAACUCCAGGCUGUCAAGAGGAAGAUUCGGGAUGAGAGCCUCUGCCCCCAGCACCAGGAGGCUCUCGGCCUCUUCUGCUAUGAGGACCAGGAAGCUGUGUGUUUGAUAUGUGCCAUUUCCCACACCCACCGGGCCCACACUGUCGUGCCACUGGAUGAUGCGACACAGGAAUACAAGGAGAAACUGCAGAAGUGCCUGGAGCCGCUGGAGCAGAAGCUUCAGGAAAUCACCCGUUGCAAGUCCUCGGAAGAGAAGAAGCCUGGGGAGCUCAAGAGGCUUGUGGAAAGUCGCCGGCAGCAGAUUUUAAAGGAGUUUGAAGAGCUUCAUAGACGGCUGGAUGAAGAGCAGCAGAUUUUGCUCUCACGACUGGAGGAGGAGGAGCAGGACAUCCUACAGCGACUCCGAGAAAAUGCCGCUCACCUCGGGGACAAGCGCCGGGACCUGGCCCACCUCGCUGCCGAGGUGGAGGGCAAGUGCCUUCAGUCGGGCUUCGAGAUGCUUAAGGAUGUCAAAAGUACCCUGGAAAAAUGUGAGAAGGUGAAGACCAUGGAGGUGACGUCAGUGUCCAUAGAGCUGGAAAAGAACUUCAGCAGUUUCCCCCGACAGUACUUUGCCCUAAGGAAAAUUCUUAAACAGCUAAUUGCGGAUGUGACCCUGGACCCUGAGACCGCCCAUCCUAACCUAGUCCUGUCAGAGGAUCGUAAGAGUGUCAAGUUUGUGGAGACCAGACUCCGAGAUCUUCCCGACACGCCACGCCGUUUCACCUUCUACCCUUGUGUCCUAGCUACUGAAGGCUUCACCUCAGGCCGACACUACUGGGAGGUGGAAGUGGGUGACAAGACCCACUGGGCAGUGGGUGUGUGCCGGGACUCUGUGAGUCGGAAGGGUGAACUGACUCCACUUCCUGAGACUGGCUACUGGCGGGUGCGGCUGUGGAACGGGGACAAAUACGCAGCCACCACAACACCUUUCACCCCUUUGCACAUCAAGGUGAAGCCCAAGCGAGUGGGCAUAUUUCUAGACUAUGAGGCUGGCACACUGUCUUUCUAUAACGUCACAGACCGCUCACACAUCUACACAUUCACUGAUACUUUCACUGAGAAACUUUGGCCCCUCUUCUAUCCAGGUAUCAGGGCGGGUCGGAAGAAUGCUGCGCCACUGACCAUCAGGCCGCCCACAGACUGGGAGUGACAGGGUGGGACGUGGGAUCCACUGGGGUAAGGCAGCGUCAAGAGCUGUGGGCUGUGUCCUGCUGGAACGUCUGGGGUCCGCCUGGCUCCAGUCCUGAGUCCUCUUGGAGAAACGCUCUGCUCUCUAGGAUGCUUUCUGUGGAGAAGUACGUAGGACUGGGCUGCAUGACAGAGCACCGCUGUAUCUCCCUCCUUGCUGUCAGAGUGGGGAGCUGGUCCCCAGAGGAGGAUCUCUCCACUGCCCAUCAGGUUUUCUAAUUGCACAAGGACAGGUUGGGAAGGCAGGAGAAGCUUUUCCAGAAACAGAAAGUCUAUGGGAGGGUCUCAUUUUGCUGAGACCAGAGGAGGAAGCAAGCCUCAUUAGGGGCUUCUUUGACCCAGAAUGAUUUUGUCUCUUGAGGAAAACUGCAGGGGUCUCAGCACCUCAAGAUGGAAAAAGGAUAAAUGAAAGUUGCUGUCCUGGGUCUAGAAGUUGACUUUGUGCAUCAUGAAGGUUAGAAGAUUAGGGAAGAGAGCUAAAGGAACAGAUUUAUAGAAACUGAUGAAGGGAAGGAGGUUUCUUUAGCCUUCUGUUCCCAGGGUAAGUUGCUGUAAUGAGUAGAAUUGGCCGGAGGUAAGAAUGUGGGGAAAGGGGAGAGUAGAAGUGAAGAACCAGGCCUUAGCCUUUAGCGGAGCUGGCUCAUCCUCUGCCUCCUCACAGCUGUCUCCAAGAGACAGCUUUGCUCCUCUCAGAGGUGAGGUGGGAGAGACCCUGCAAGACACACCCACUACCCACUGAUCUCCCAAGGGAGCUUAAAAAGAGUCAGGUAUCAGAGGAAAGAGAAAGGUUUAUCUACCUGAAGUUCUGGCCUUAAAAAUUGUUACCCAGUCACUGCUGUCAAUUGUCAGCUUUGUCACCUGGCUCAGGUGUCCAUUUCAGAGGGGAAGAAAGGUAUGGAGUCUUUCUCACCCGAGGACAGGGUAGAAGAGGGUGAUGCAUGUUGGGAAGGGCCAGACAGGCAACUUACUUUUGCCUGUGUUUCUGACCUGGAACUAAUGUUCACAACAGCCUUUCACGUGUGUAUCACCAUCCUUCACUCUUUGCUAUCUCCCCUUUCAGAGAAUGUAUGUCAUUUUAACUUUAGGCCAAAACAAACUGUAAAGUACAUAUGUUGUCAAGGUAAAGCAAUGCAUGCCAAACCAAACUAAAACAACCUGGAUUGUCUGCUGCUUGGGUAAGCUUCACCGAAGACGGACAGGAAACUGCAGUGAACUGCAGGCAUUUUGGUUCCUCCUACCACCUCAACAGGACUGUGUCCUCUCCUCCUCUAACCUUUGUGCCUUGACUGUGGUUCUUUGUGGCAGGAGACUUUGGCUGGUAAAAGUAAUAUGCAGCAAAGGAUCCACUGAAGUGACCUCUGUGUCGUGUGGUAAUUUGUUGAUGAUCGUCCUUAUGUUGAUGUAUGGAAUCACUGGGUGUAAAAAUACAUGUUCCUGGGUCUCGCCUCUA